AUGGCCGCGGACCAUGGCAGGCCACUUGUGCCGCCUAAGCAGCUGAGAACCGACUAUCCGAUUCUGAUCCGUCCGUUCUCCCCCAGCCGCCCUAAUGGAUACCAUAUAAAACGAGUGUUCGGAUAUGCUAGAACUUCGGAUUGGGUGCUGGGCGGUGCAGCCGCCGCCGUCGGCCCGCUAACAUUCGCUGUCAUGGAGAGAGUACAACCGGCAUAUGCGGGUAAAGCCAACUUUGCCAGGUGCAUGCGACUGGCUGGUGGAAUAGGCUUGGUGGCGGGUGCUAUUACAAUCUUCCAGAGAUCUUGCAAUCGAUUUUACGGACUGACGGAGAAUCAACGAGAGGAAGAAAUGGAUAUGAGAGAAAUGGUUGAUAAAGUGAAAAAGGGGGAGCCUCUUUAUGGAGAGUCCACCUUGUCUCCUUACAUGCAGGGUGUUGCUGCUAGAAAUUCGCGUUACUCGAGUCUCUUCAUCCACGUCAUUCCUUGGUUCAAUGUUGUGAACCAUAACCAGCAUGGUGUCGACACCGCGAAAUAUUACCGCCAAGCGGAGCGAGAACUUGAAGCCGAGCGCUUACAGAAGGAAAGCCUUUAG